AUGAAUCAAAUCGAGCGCAUUAGAUCUAUACUUUCCGGAAUUGAUGUCAGCCAUGAUUCUGUAGUUCGUACAGAUGAGCUGAGUCUAAUGUGCAUACGGAUGCUGGCAGUAACUUAUUAUAACAAUACAAUGCUAUGCGGCUCUUUUUGCCCUUUCUACACCAAAGCACUCGAUGAUAUUCGCGAUGACCUGGAGAGAAAGGGAGAUUCCGAAGGCACUACUGCCGUUGAUGCAGUUGAAAAAGCAUUAGAAAGUUUGGCAAAUUAUUUCGGAGAUCAGAUUCCUUAUCUCGAUGAAGAGCUCCUUGAAGCUCAGGACUAUCGCUUUGAGCGUUCCUUCACAACCUUUCAUAACUACUUCCAAAGAAUUGAUGACAUGAAAGAAGACUUUCCAAGACUAUUUCAGGAAUUUAGAGAUGUACUCAGGGGAUUACUGCCAUAUGUUAGUGAAGACUUGAAGGUUCGGGGAAUAACACCGUCUGAGGAAGUAUCUCUGAAAUCAAUCUUCCUUGAUCUCCUAGGGAUGGAAGGAGGCCGCAGUGCUAUGGUCAACGAGAAAUUGCGUACCUUUCCCGAAUGUCUGAACACCCUAGGCAUUACCGUUUUAAACCACUAUUUCGACUAUGCUGUUAAUGACAAAUCUCUUGAGAACUUAGAGAGAGUUAAACAAGAACUGAAUGUCUUAGAAAAAGUGAUCAAUAGGUGCAGGCCUCCUAAAUCCCAGAGAACAUUGCUACAAUGUAUUCUUCGUGGUGUCAGAGAGUCUCUCGACUCUCUUGCUGGGAAGAUCCGGUCCUCUAAGACCCUGUCUUCCAAGGUCCAGAUCCUUGAGGCCGACCAGACUUUCAGAACAGCAUACGGCCAAGCCAUUGCCAAUCUUAAGGAAAAUAGAGUGUCAUUUGCCGCAACAUUCAAUGAACUGGAUAAAAUGCUGGAAACCCUACGUGAAAUCCGAGAUGAGACUAUGAGAAAGAACCUUAGUGAAGCCGAUGCAAACCUGGAUGACCUAAGGCAGAAGAUCGAUGAGCUUGAGAAGGCCCUCCCUCCUCCUUUGCGACUCCACAGGCGCCUGGGCCUUGUGUUUGCAGCCAUUCUGGUGGUCCAGUGCAUCCUCUGGUAUCUUGAGGAGGAGGACAGUGCAACUCGGAGGGCGUGGAACACGGGGGUGUACUCGCUGGCCGUGGCAGGGACCAUUGUAUACCAGGUGUGGAGGCUGGCAACGAGGUACCGUGACGACGGGGUGAUUGGGAUGCUGAGGGAGGAGUGGACUGCAGUUGGGUGCAUUGUGCCGAUGGCAGCCGGGCUUCUCCACGGGGGCGUGGUCAGGAGCAGUGUGUACAGCAUGACGGUGGCAGGCAUUGGGGCCGUUAUGAUGGCUGUGCAGGGCGGUGUGCUGUGUGGGAUGUCGCUGAUGCAGGUGUGUGUGGUUGUGUGUGGGAACCUGGUUCUCGGGGCUCUGUGUGUUGGCGGAGACGGGGAGUGGAGCCUGUAUCUGUGUGUUGCGGCUGUUGUGUUUGCAUCUGUUCUGCUUCUCGUGUUGAAUGUUGGCGGGGGUGGAGAGAAGAGUGUUGGCGAGGGCAUUGAGAGUAUGGUGUUUGUGAUGAGCAUGCUUGUGUGUGUGUGUGUGUCGUAUGUGUGUGGACGGGACUACGACAUGGUGUAUGGGGGGGGGGGGGUGCCAGAAAAGUACCUUCGGGCUGGAUGA